UCACUCUGUCUCUUCUGCUUCAGCUCGAGACAUGGUCUCUUGCUCUUCUGAUCUGGGUACAGCAGCAGGAAUGUUGAGAAACUAACUGCUUCAUGUUUCAUUUUAGAUCAAGCAGCAGAAACCAAACUUCAAGAUGGAUUACAAAUAUGAUACUGGAGUAGAACUGCUGUUGGCUCACAUGAACCUUGAGGACAUCAUAAUCGCUGCAGAGAGGCUGUAUAAACUUGAAGAAGUGGAGGAGGAGGAGGAAGAAGUGGGCUUGUCUUUCGAAGAGGAAAGUCUCUCCCAGGAGGAGAUGGAUGACAGUGAGGUGCAAGAGGAUUCAGUGGGCUCUAGGGGUCCGCAGGAGGACUUUGGGGUUGAUGGGGUUGGUGGUGUGCGCUACGGGACAGUGGCAGACCUCCUGUCCUUUGUCAACCUGCUCUCUGACAUGCAGGCAGCAGCCCUGCAGAAUGUACCAAAGGAGAUGGGAGUCCUGUUGAACAAGAAGUACAUGUCUGUGAAGAAGAGUCGCUACCAGAUUAACCUGGACGUGCUUCUUUUUCCAUGGAAAUUGACCUACAAAAAUCACGGCUCUACCCUCGUGCCUAAGGGCUCAUUUGGGAAAGUCCACUUGGCUCAGGACACAAGCACCAGAAAAAGGAUGGCUUGCAAACUGAUCCCUUUGGAGCACUUCAAGGCAGCAGAUGUGGAGUUCCAGGCCCGUUUCCACCACGAGAACAUAGCUGAACUCUUCGGCGCUCUGCUCUGGGACCAGAGCGUCCACUUGUUCAUGGAGGCUGGAGAAGGUGGCUCAGUCCUGGAGAAGCUGGACAGCUGUGGACCAAUGAGAGAGUUCGAGAUCAUCUGGGUGACCAAGCAAGUCCUGCGGGGCCUGGAGUACCUACACUCACAGAAAGUCAUCCACCACGACAUCAAACCCAGUAACAUCGUCCUGAUGUCGGACAAGGCAGUGCUGGUGGACUUUGGCUUGGCAGUGCAGAUGACAGAGGAUAUAUACAGUCCCAGAGACCUGAGAGGAACUGAGAUGUACAUGAGUCCGGAGCUGGUUCUGUGUCGAGGACAUAACACCAAGACAGAUAUCUACAGCCUGGGAACCACCAUCAUUCACAUGCAGACUGGGAGCCCUCCAUGGGUCAGGAGAUACCCACGCACUGCAUACCCAUCUUACCUUUACAUUAUCCACAAGCAGGCCCCCCCUCUGGAGGACAUACCAGAGGACUGUAGCCUGGCUAUCCGCUCUUUCCUUGAGCGAGCUUUGGAGAGGAACCCUUCACUGAGGAGCUCAGCCUCUGAGCUUUUAAAGGAUGAUGCUAUCAACCCACCCAGAGAAGAUCAGCCCCGCUGCUGGAGCCUGGACUCUGCUCUGGAGGAGGCAAACAACACCAUACUACGGCAGCAGAGCCAGCAGGCCGAGGCUACACAGGAAUCUUCUCUGUACUGUGAAGACUCUGGUCACAUCAGAAGAAACGGCUCCUUGUACAUCGACCUGGGGGCCCUGUCAGGUUACUCUAAACUGGUGACAGGACCCCCCACUUCAGAAUAUGGCUAGCAACGAACUGCAGCAUAUCAUAAAUGAAACUGGACAUUUUCUUUAAAGAAUGGCUCACUCUCCGCUACGGAAGCUGGCAGAUGUUUCCAGAAGGAUCACCUGCUGCAGGUGACUUGACCCAUUGAUGGACUGUGAUUAUUUACAGGAGACCAGAGACAAAGAAGGAAAAGAUUUAGCUCAGACUUAGAAAUGGAAACCACUGCUGGACAGUGGUUAAAGAGAUGCAACGUGGAUCAUCAGGGUGAAGGAUCUACUGGAAAUGAGCAUGCUAUGUUUCAGUGGUUAGAUCAGGAAUCAAACAGCUGUUUCAUAAGUCAACUGCAUAUAAUCUAAUAUUAUUUUACAGGUGAAAUAUGUAAGCUACCUGUUAAAGAAUGUGUGUAUAAUGCAAACAUGUAUAAUAUGUAGUUCUUAAAGGACUUCCUCUUGUUAAUUCCUGUGGAAUUUGAAUGUUAUGAUGUUGGCCAAAUGCAGUUUCUAUGUGAGGUCUGAUUUCUGAUUUCUACAUCCUGUGAGAUGAGGCCUGCUGUGCUUGUUUGAGCCAAUGUGAUUCACUAUUUUUGAGACCAAAACAGAUACUAUUUUAAAAAGAAAACAUUAACUUAUCAUAGCAACCACAUUAGUAAAAGUCCCAAUGGAUUCAAAUGUUUGCACCCCUGUGGCUCUACAAAAGCCCUAAAGAGGUUGAUUUUCAACAACUUAAAUAAAAAUAUUUACAAAUUGUAUGUUUUUAACCAUUAUUGUCUGCUCAGCUGUGAUGUGAUGCUACAUGUGCUGCAGACAGUGUUUAGAGUAAUGCAAACUAUGGUAUUCAAUGCCUUCUGCAUGGCAAAGUAAAUGAUAACACCUUUUCAAGCCCUCAUACUGAUGCAUAGUGGAAUAAACAUUACUAUUCAAUCAGAAGGAUUUUUCUUUCCUAUUCAGGAAUGCAAUGGCCAAAAUUUUGAAAAUCUGUAAGUUUCUUGUAAAAUAAAAUAAAAAAAAACAAUAAAUAAAUGAUGCAUGCAACA